CAGCAUGCAGCCUGUCGUACCGGAAGCAGAGAUUCCCCGGGUUGAAGUAUUAGGUGGAUGUUGUUGACUAACAACUGAAUAUAAAAUGAUUUCUAGUUUGCAAAGACACAUCACAUGUUAAUUCGUGGAUAUCUGAAGGAGACUAUAGACGCUGCCCCACUUGUAGGAUGAAAGUAAAGAUCCGACAGUGGAACGGAGUGGCCUCCUGGUUGUGGGUGGCCAAUGAUGAAAACUGUGGGAUCUGCAGGAUGCCCUUCAACGGCUGCUGUCCAGACUGCAAAGUGCCUGGAGACGACUGCCCGUUGGUCUGGGGUCAGUGCUCCCAUUGUUUCCACAUGCAUUGCAUCUUGAAAUGGCUGAACUCGCAGCAAGUCCAGCAGCAGUGCCCCAUGUGCCGACAGGAGUGGAAAUUCAAAGAAUGAACCUGCAGAGGUGCUGCUGCUGUAUGCCUGUAGAGACUCACGCAAGCCUGUUCAUGUGUUUCAUUUUUGUAUCAGUUGUAAAUAAUGUUUUUGUACUUCUCCAUCUGAUAAAACGCAGAACAUUUUGAAUAUAUUGCAUUCUCUUGAUAAAUGAAGUAUGUAAUUAAAUAAAUAAAACAGAUCAAUAUCA